CGCCGCCAGCACGCGCACACAAAAGGCUCGUUGUGUAACUAAUUGAGAGGCUUUGCUGUCCGCGGCGGAGGGCAAAUACGCUUUAGACUAAAGAGUUGCGCGGUUUUAAGGCAUUCCUGCGCGGAUUGGGGCGACACGACGCGAGGAGGGUGGUGGCUUUACAUAAUCGACGGCGUGCUUUUCACGUGAAAUGGCCCUUUAAAAAGCCAGCGCCCUCCAAUCAGGCCGAGGCACCGCGUAAACAGUCGGACGGAGAGGAGGCGAGCGUGUGCGUGCGUGUGCGUGCGUUUGGCUUUUUGUGCGUGUGACAAGCUGUUGACAAAUCGGCUCCGAGGAUGGUCUCGUCGUACCCUUUACCGGAGGGCUUCUCCGAGUUUGACGUCUUCUCCCUGGGAUCGUGUCUGAUGGUCGAGGGUCUGAUGGGCUUCUUCUUAAACGCGGUCACCAUCGCCGCUUUCCUCAAAGUGAGGGAGCUGAGGACCCCCAGCAAUUUCCUCGUGUUCAGUUUAGCCAUGGCCGACAUGGGCAUCUCCAUGAACGCCACCGUUGCGGCUUUCUCAAGCUUCCUCAGGUACUGGCCGUAUGGUUCGGAGGGAUGUCAGACUCACGGAUUUCAGGGUUUCGUGACGGCUCUCGCCAGCAUCCACUUCAUCGCCGCCAUCGCCUGGGACAGAUAUCACCAGUACUGCACAAGGACAAAGCUGCAAUGGAGCAGCGCCAUCACUCUGGUUAUCUUCAUCUGGCUCUUCACCGCCUUCUGGUCCGCCAUGCCUCUCAUCGGCUGGGGCGAGUACGACUACGAGCCCCUCAGGACCUGCUGCACUCUGGACUACAGCAAGGGCGACCGGAACUAUGUCUCCUACUUGAUCCCCAUGAGCGUCUUCAACAUGGCCAUCCAGGUCUUUGUUGUCAUGUCCUCGUACCAGUCCAUCGCACAGAAAUUCAAGAAGACUGGAAACCCCAAGUUCAACCCCAAUACUCCCCUUAAGACCAUGUUGCUGUGCUGGGGCCCCUACGGCCUUCUGGCCUUCUACGCCGCAGUGGAGAAUGCCAACCUGGUCUCACCCAAGCUCAGGAUGAUGGCUCCCAUCCUGGCCAAGACCUCCCCCACCUUCAACGUCUUCCUGUACGCUUUGGGGAACGAGAACUACCGAGGAGGAAUCUGGCAGUUCCUCACCGGGGAGAAGAUUGAAGUGCCUCAAAUUGACAACAAGUCCAAAUAAACUUAACAUUGCCAAUGUUGCACAGUCAUUUCGCUUGUGGUGCUGGUGGUUUUCUCUCGCACAGGUACAGAAGUGAAAGUGCUUUGUUUUAUGUUGUGUGUGUGUGACUGUGUGUGUGUGUGGGACUGUGUGUGUCGUAUCUGUAACGUGCAGUGUCCCUCAUGUUCAUUAGUAAUUUUAGUUGAAAAACAUCAUCGAUGGCGAACUGAAUUCAUUUAUUUCUUUAUUUAAAAGAAAAAAAAACUAAAGUGAAGACUUUU